CCCGAGCACUUUGAAUUCGGCUAGGGAAUGACCAUGGCGUCGAGCGGAACCCACAACGACUUCAUCAACAUCACCACUCCACAUUCACGAGCGCCCAGCAUGAUCCAGGAAGCUCUAGCACCGGCAUCGCGCCCGCGGCUGCCUGUGAGAAAACAGGCCCCUCAAAGGAAUAUCGACGAGUUCUGGAACAAGUUCACAACGAAGCAUCCCGGCAAGAUCUUCACCAUCCUGCCCGAUAAUCUCUAUGCGAAACGCGCUGCAGCGCAUGCGCCGAAAGGAUCCAUCCCCGGAGUCAAUGCGCUUGCAUCCUACGAAGAGGCCGUUGAGUCGUGCAGUAGGAAGGUCGCGAAGAUCGUCAAAGAGUGCCGGCGGCUGAAUCAAAAGUACCGCGACCCGCAUUUCGACAUCGAGGCCGACUUCAAGCGGUCGCAAGCCUCUCAAGAGAUACCCUCCGAUUGCUUGUCCGGUCUAAAUGAAGAACAGACCGACUUCCAUCCCUUGUCGGUCAAGAGGGUAGAGGACAUCUUCGAUAGCCCACGAUUCUUCAUAGAAGGCGCAACAGCCAACGAUGUGCGACAAGGCAAUGAUGGCGACUGCUGGUUCAUGUCCGCGCUCGCGACGAUAAGCAACAAGGAAGAGCUCAUACAACGGGUGUGCGUCGCACGGGACGAGCAGGUUGGCGUGUAUGGCUUUGUGUUCCACAGAGAUGGCGAGUGGAUCUCGGAAGUCAUCGAUGACAAGCUUUACCUAAUCAAGGAAGACUUUGACGAGGCCAAACUCGAGCGAUACAAUUGGCUGGAGUUACAGAAUCGCAAGAGCCCCGAGGAGGAAUAUCGCACUGUUAUGCAGACUGGCUCCAGGGCACUGUACUUUGCGCAGUGUAGCGACCCUAAUGAAACUUGGCUGCCGCUACUAGAAAAGGCCUUUGCCAAGGCCCAUGGCGACUACUCUGCCAUCGACGGAGGCUUUGUGGGCGAAGGCAUUGAAGACCUCACCGGAGGUGUUACGUCGGAAGUUUUCGCGACCGACAUCCUCGACAAGGACAAGUUCUGGCACGAGGAGCUCAUGAAUGUCAACAAGACCUUCCUUUUUGGAUGUGGCCAGAUGGGCGGCAUCUACGGUGAACGGAAGGGCAUUCAGGAGAAGCACGCUUACUCGAUCAUGGAAGCUCGCGAAAUUGACAAUCAGCGCUUGCUGAAGCUGCGCAAUCCUUGGGGUCGAACCGAAUGGACUGGACGCUGGAGCGAUGGGUCCGAGGAGUGGACGCCUGAGUGGAUGCAGAAGCUGAACCACAAGUUUGGUGACGACGGCGUCUUCUGGAUCUCUUAUAACGACCUGCUACGCCACUACCAGCAUUUUGACCGCACCAGGCUUUUUGGACCUGAGUGGACAGUGUCCCAGCAGUGGACGAGCGUCAACGUUCCAUGGAGUGUCGAUUAUUUGGACACAAAGUUCAAGAUCAGCCUUGCAAAUCCAGGACCUGUUGUUAUUGUGCUCAGUCAACUUGACGAUCGGUAUUAUCAGGGCCUCGAAGGCCAGUACGAGUUCAACCUGCAGUUCCGACUUCAUAAAGACGACGAGGAAGAGUACAUUGUGCGCAGCAAUGGUACCUACUAUAUGAAGCGGUCCGUCUCCACCGAGCUUGACCUCGAGGCGGGUAACUAUACUGUUCUUCUCAAGAUCAAAGCGACACGAAUUCCUGAUAACCCGACGCCUGACGAGGUUAUCCGAUCUACUUGCACAAAGCGUCGCGAGAAACUUCUGGCAAUUGGGCUCUCUUAUGACCUUGCCCACGCCAAGGGCCAGUUCCGGGAGCAAGAAAAAGAGAAAGCUCAGCGUCACAAGGAGCACAAGGUCGAGCGUAAAAAGGCUGAGAUGAAGCACUCCCACGACCGCCGUAAGAGGCUGCGCAGAAAGGCUGAACUCCGCGAUCAGAAGAAGGCCGCUAAGGAGACGCGUAGGAUGAAUCGAUCGGGUGACUUGAGAGAAGUUGAGAAGAAGUUGCAAGGGCUGAGUGGUCUGGGCAUUAGUGCCGAAGAAGAGAAUCGUACGUCUGGGGAUGAUGACUCCAAGGCCGUCCACCAGGCCGUCUCAGUACACCAGCGCACAUCAAGCACCGGUGCCGUCAGCGAGCGCUCGCCUAGCCCGAGCGGCGGCUUUGGUGGUCGAGGAGGUUACAACCGAGGCCGAGAUGGCUACAACGCCACCCUUCCCGGAGCUCUCCAAGGUCGUGGAGGGUACAACCGUGAGACCCAGGGAUCUGCGAUGGCCGAGGCUUUGGCUCUCCAAGGUCGGGGCGGGUACAACCACAGUCCACAAGCGUCUCCUGCACUUCAUAGCCAAGGUUUCCAAGGUCGCGGUGGUUACAACCAAAACAUGCCUGGCGAACUCCACGGAAGGGGUGGCUACAAUCAGAAUAUGCCUGGUGAACUCCAGGGCCGGGGCGGCUACAAUGUUGAGCUUCCCGGCGCCUAUCAAGGUCGCGAUGGAUACAACGGCCGUGAUGGAUACAACGGACGGGAUGGGUACAACGAAGGUCAGACGACCGAUUCACCUGUUCCUACGCCACAGAUGGACGAGGUCCACCCGGGCACACCGUCGCAACGACCGUACAGUCCACGACCAGAGCGCCGAUCUCCAGCGCCCUCUCGCCGCGCCACCCUUACACCUAUCCCUGGUAUCCGACCUGGAAUUCAAGUCACCCGCGGACGCGGCACAAGUGUAUGUUCGCAUCGCGCCCGCCACGGCAUGUACUCACCCAACGCCAUGUCUGACGACUCAUCGUGGGAUUCCGAAAUCGAUGGCCCGUGCUCGCUGGACUCCUUUUCCGAUGACGAUGACGUACCUCGUCACUUCUCCGAGCGCCAUCAAACACGCUAUGUAUGGUACAACGGCGCACGCUACCCCUACAUCGAAGACGAAGACGAGUUCGAGCGCGACCCUUGGAAUGCUGUAUGCGUCGUCGGGUUACGUGUGUUCAGCAAAGACAACACAGAUGUCACUAUCGAGGUGUAUAAUGGGGAGGGUGAGAAGAAGAAGAGAGGUGAUGGCGACGAUGCUAGUGUAAUUAGUAUGGGCACGGUCAGGCGCAAGGAAAAAGAGUUGGAUGUUGACGAUAGCGCUGCCGAUGCCACCAGCCCUUUGAGGACCAGGGGUACGGGCCUCGAUGACGAGUUGAAGAGCAGGGCGAAGGAAGCAGAAUUGGUUAGUCAUAUAGGGACUGCACCAGCUGGACAGGAACAGAACAGGCAGGGGACACUUUCGUGA